UAAUGCUGCAACGCCCCUAGGCCGGCAGAUUUUUUAAUCCAUAACUUUAGCAUCUCUCUGUCUCUCUCAGUUCUAUUAAAGCUUGAUGAAAUGAAUCACUCCCCAGCAGUCCGCCUUCUUUGUUGCCUACUACUUGUCUUGGUCAUGGCAGAAGAGAACCAACAAACAGAGCUUACUCCAAGCGAGCCUACCGAUCAAACUCGUCCGGUUUUGGAUGCGGUUGUUCAAGGAGAACCACAAAGGUUUUUCCCCCGAGGGCAUGGGGCUCCAAGGGCGAAGGGAUGGCCAGAAGUGGUAGGACUUUCAGUCGAAGAAGCUGAGAAGAAGAUCAAAGCUGACAUGCCGAUGGUUCAGUUGCAAGUUGUUAAACCAGAUUAUUUCGUUACCAUGGAUUACGACCUUCGUCGCGUACGCCUUUAUGUAGAUGCCACAGGCAUCGUUGUGAAAACCCCAGCGCUUGGCUAGAUCACUAUGUCUCUAUAUACCCUUUGUAUUAAGCAUAUUAAAGAGUGAUAUGGCACGAUACAGUUAUUUACAUGAAGCACUGUUUAUGUCC